AACCCUGUUCUUAUCAACAGAAAGAGGAAAGAUGGACAGUGAUACUAGAUAGGACAUUCACCCUCAAUAAUAUUGAAUGAUUAUAUUCGACGACGAGUUUUUCGGGAAAAGGGUUUAUCAGUGUUUAUUGUUGUGUUUUGAUACAGUUGCCAGGGUUUGCAAAAACAAAAUUUAACCCUUUGGAGCGUACCUUAGCAGCCAUUUAAAUCCCCACGACAUGGUUUAAAAGGCCGAGGCGUAAACAUUUUCCUGAUCGCACUCUGUUGAUAAUGCGGACUCCUCCUGCCACUCCUAGAACCUAACCUCAAACGGCGUCGAUAAAUACCUCCGUGUCAGCCUUUGGUUUGAUUUAUUUACUUUAUUUUACACUCCUUGAAUAAAUAGUAAUGGCAUGGAAUUAUGACAAAAUGUUAUGGACGGAGGUUCGUGACCUCUUCAGAACAUGGCGAGAAGAAUCCGAACGUAGAAGUAAAGAUGUCGUUGAUUUGUGGGAAAAUGUAUUAAUGCUGAAAAUGGAUCAACUUGGAAAUGAAAAGUAUUUGGUAUUGGAACAAGUCUGCGUCGCAGCACUUGAUUGCUGCCAGUUAUUAUUGGCAGAAUUCUGUAUAAAACUACUAAUGAGAAAAUUCCCUGGAAGUCUAAGAGUACAUAAAUACCAUGCGAUGCACUUGGAAGCCCUUGAAAUGUUUGAUGAAGCCUUAGAAGUACUGGAUUCAAUUAUUAAAAGGGAUGAAACUAAUACAGCUCCAAGGAAACGGCGAAUAGCUAUUUUAAAAGCUAAAGGUCGAAUACCAGAAGCCAUUAAAGAACUCACGGAUUAUCUAAAAAUAUUUGUGAGCGAUCAAGAAGCAUGGCACGAACUAUGUGAUUUAUAUUUACAAGAACAUGAUUACUCAAAAGCAGCAUUUUGUAUGCAAGAACUCAUUUUGCAUAAUCCACAUAGUCACUUAAUUCAUCAGAGAUACGCCGAAAUAAGAUAUUCUGAGGGAGGGUUAGCAAAUAUUGAUAUUGCCAAGACAUAUUUCUGUCAGGCGAUAAAAUUAAAUCCAAAUAACGUCCGUGCACUUUAUGGAUUAUUACUGUCGGCGAAUAAUAUUGCUUCAACGUCAAAAUGCCCACCAAAUAAGAAGAAGCAGGCAGUAAAGCUUGCCGAAUGGGCAGCCAAUCAAAUUGAGAAGCACUACAGGGAGAAGGUCUCAAACGAAGACCUUAAAAGCAUAGAAGGCUUGUUAGGACAAUUGCAGCUUGAAGGUUAGGGUACAACUGAAGAUUUAGUAAAUAUUUACGAACACUAGGUAAUAAUUUGUAUAUUUGUCUGAAUGUUGCAAUACAUGUAAAUGCAGUGUAUUCACGUUUUACACUUCUUCAACCGAAUACUUGAGCCGGUAUCACGAAGUAGACAUUACUUAUGUACAUGUUUAUCAAAGAAUAACAGAUUAUUAAUUAAUGAAUAACAUUCCACUGAGA